CGAAAACCAGGGGGAUAUAUUUUAUUUUCCCGGUGGAUAGUAGGUCUCCAUCCCAACCAAUUUGAAGGCCAAACCUUGGAGCCGACAAAAAAAAAAAAAACAAUAAGAAACCCAAGUAACAACAUGUAACACUUGGACAUCCAAAAAACAUGAAACGAAACCAUAAUUUCCCCUUCCACCACCGGCCACGCAAGUGGGCGAUGGUGAUCCCCACCGUCACAAUAUGCUUCCUCCUCCUCUUCCUCCCGCUCCUUCCCCUCACCAAACCCUCAUCUUCAUCUUCUUCUUCUUCUGCGACAUGGUCUUCUUCUUCGCUGAAUUUAACGGAAGAACUAGAAGUGGGUGUUCCGAGAUUGACGUACAUGUUGACGGCGACGAAAGGGGAGGGGGCGCAGCUGAAGAGGGUCCUUCAGGCAGUGUACCAUCCCAGGAACUACUACCUGCUCCAUCUCGAUCUAGAGGCUUCUGAUGCGGAGAGGCUGGAGCUGGCCAAAUACGUCAAGUCCGAGACUGUGCUUGCGGCGUUUGGGAACGUCUUGGUGGUGGGUAAGCCUGAUUUGGUCACCUACAAGGGCCCCACCAUGAUUGCUUCUACUCUUCACGGUAUUGCCCUUUUGCUCAAGAGGGCCCCACACUGGGACUGGUUAAUCAAUCUCAGCGCCUCUGAUUAUCCUCUCCUCUCCCAGGACGAUAUCUUGCACAUCUUUUCAUUCUUGCCCAGGGAUCUAAAUUUCAUUGAGCAUACAAGUAAUAUUGGUUGGAAAGAGCAUCAAAGAGCUAGGCCUAUCAUUAUAGAUCCAGGCUUAUAUCAUUCAAAGAAAUCUGGUGUUUACUGGGCUAAAGAGAAGAGAUCUGUUCCAUCUUCGUUCAAGUUAUUCACAGGGUCUGCAUGGGUUGUCCUGACAAAAUCAUUUCUUGAGUUUUGUGUUUGGGGUUGGGAUAAUCUUCCUCGAACUCUCCUUAUGUAUUACACAAAUUUUCUUUCAUCCCCUGAGGGUUACUUCCAUACGGUCAUUUGCAAUCAUAAGGACUAUCAAAACACAACCAUUAAUCAUGAUUUACGUUACAUAAGGUGGGACAACCCGCCAAAGCAGCAUCCAGUCUUCUUGAAAUUGGAGCAUUUUGAUGACAUGGUCCAUAGUGGUGCACCUUUUGCUCGAAAGUUUACCAAGGAUGAUCCAGUUCUCAACAAAAUUGAUAAGGAACUUUUGAGAAGAUCAGAUGGUCACUUUACACCGGGAGGUUGGUGUAUUGGCAAUCCUCUUUUGGGAAAAGAUCCUUGUGCUGUUUAUGGAAAUCCAAUUGUAGUUAAACCUACCUUACAAUCAAAGAAGCUAGAAAAACUAAUAGUGAAACUAUUAGAUUCUGAAAAUUUUAGGCCGAAACAAUGUAAAUAGUAGUCACUCUGCAACGUGAAAUUUUUAUACACAAUUCUAUUGGCAUUUUUAAUGCGUCGUCUGUUCAAAUUUAACAUUAUGAAUUGUUAUGAAACAUCUUUCUAGUA